AUGCGACUGCUCUGGACUGAAAGACUGGGCAAAAAUUUGUGGAAGAAAUUAAUGAUUGCUUUUGCUUCCAUUGCCAUACGAAAACCGACAUUUGAGGCAACCUACCACGAAGAUAUCGAGAUACUGGACAUAUUGAUACACGAACCGAAGGUCGAGAGAGGGCAGUUUGAUGGUUUUGAGAUCCUAAUGAAAACUGACGAUUUUGAUUUACCAACCGGGUGGCGUACUGUAGACCGCCUGCCAGCUAAUGAGCGAAAAUAUGAAUUGGACGGAGUGGAACCGUUAAGGAAAUAUGCAGUCACAGUGCGUGGACAUGUGCUGCCCCAUAACGUCAGUGAGAUGGCUGACUAUCUGGUAUUUGAAACAAUGGAUGCAGAUCUCAGCGUUCCCGAAAAUGUAAAACUCAAAGCAGUCGACCCUUACACGGUGCAGAUGACAUGGGAUAGGCCAGAAACAUCCAACGGCCCCAUCACUAACUACACCAUCGAAUGGAGUCUAGAUCAUGAUUGGCAAGAAAAUGUCAAUCUCUCCUCAGUUAAUUUUUACGAAUUCACCGAUUUGAAGCCGGGACAGACCGUUGUCGUCUCCAUUUGUGCGCGCAGUCGGCCCAGUGCUUCGAUGAAAUUUGACUAUGUCGGUACCCGCAGUGCGUUCGAGCGCGUAACCAUACCGCUACAAAUGAAAGGUAUGCGAAAACCGACAUUUGAAGCAAUUUACCACGAAGAUCUGCGCCAGUUGGACAUGCAGGUACACGAGCCUAAGGACGUCAAAGGACAGUUCAAGGGUUUUGAGAUCUUAAUGAAGAUCGGCCUACCCAACUCACAGAAUGUCUGGAAGUCCAUGGCCAACCUCACGGACAACCAGUGGGAACAUCAUAUAGGGGGGUUUCUUCCUCAACUUAAUUAUACAGUCACAGUGCAGGGACGCAUAUCCCCCGACAUUUUCAGCGUGAAGGCUGACCCAUUGGUAUUUGAAGUGAUACAUGCAGAUUUUAGUGUUCCUCGCAAUGUGACUCUCACACCAAUCAGCCCAUUCUCGGUGCUCAUGACAUGGGAUUCGCCUGCUAGAUCCAACGGCCUCAUUGCUGGCUACGUCAUUGAGUGGUUUGUCGAUAGGAUGAGGAAGGCGAGCAUCCAUCCCUCCUCCAAUCAUUCCCAUACCUUCACUGGUUAG